AAUACUCAUUUCUUUCUUUGUAAAUAUCAGAUUAACAAAAUCUGGCUUCAACAUUGUUGACGUUCUGCUUUUAUUCCCCACUGCGGGGUUCUGCCAUUGUCGAAAGAGUUUCUGGAUUCUUCUUCGAGAACACGUAAACCAAUUCCUCCAAUACAUACAUAUAAAGAGAAAACGCUCGUAGGUGCUAGAAGAUUGAGCGUUAGAGAGAGAGAUGGGGAACCACAAAGUGAAGUGGACGUCGGAGGAAGAAGGAGCCCUAAAAGCUGGUGUGGCAAAGCACGGAACCGGAAGGUGGAAGAACAUUCUCAGGGAUCCUGAAUUCGCGCGCUUUUUGACUAAUCGCUCCAACAUCGACCUCAAGGAUAAAUGGCGAAAUAUGGGUUUUAGCACUGCUGCGCAAGGCUCUAAAGAUAAAUCUAGAUUUUCUCGUGCAAGACCAAAGACAAUAAGUGCACUUGUACCUUCUACUGUUCAAACUCCUUUGGCUAUUACUUCAGCGCCCGAGAAUGACGCCAUGGAUGGUUCUCCCGAAAGCCCACAAGGAAGCAAGAAUGCUCCGAAGUAUAAUGAUAUGAUUUUUGAAGCAUUAUCAUCCAUGAAGUGUUCAAAUGGAUGUGAUCUUGGUGCCAUUGUGGGAUUUAUUGAGCAACGACAUGAAGUACCACAAAAUUUUAGAAGGUUAUUAAGUUCCAAGCUGAGAAGACUUGUUUUAAAAGGAAAACUCGAAAGGGUCCAGAAUUGCUAUAAAAUUAAGGAUGCAACAUUAGAAACCAAAAUAACUACUCCAAAACAAAAAGAUGUCUUGCCAAGGCCAGCCCCAAAUUCAGCUGUAAAAGUGUCAUGUGAAACAAUGGAAGAAGCUGUUGGGAUUGCUGCUUACAAGAUAGCUGAUGCAGAAGAGAGGUCUUUUUUGGCAGCUGAAGCAGUUAAUAAUGCAGAAAGGUUGUCAAAAAUGGCUGAGGAUGCUGAGUCAAUGUUUCAACUCUUCAAAGAGAUCUAUGAACAAUGUUCACGAGGUCAAAUUGUUCUCUUGGCUUGAUCAGUCAGAGCAACGGAUUGUAUAUACAGCUCAUUGAGAUGAGACGAUUUUCAUUUUCUGAUAGCAGUGGGUUCCCAGGAUGCCAGAACCAACUUAUUUUUUUAUUUGUAGUAGUAUACUUGAGAAAAACGGUGGCCACACCUGAAGCUUCAGACGUAGGGCCGUGCAUAAUUUGGUAAAUACCGAAUUACCAUACCGAAAUCGAAAAUUUGGUAUUUGGUAUUCGAUAU